AUGGCAUCUUCAGAAUCACAUUCAAUACUAGCACGCGACAACCGCCAUGGCCUCUCAAUGUUUGUACACUACAACUUCCGUGUCUCUCCCACAACAUCAACAUCAAUAUUCUUUCAUAAUGCGAAUGACCAACAGCAACACCGUCCCAACCUCAUGGUCACGUCCACUGAUAGGUUCAAAUUCCGCAUCAAUGCUUUUUUUCGCUUAUUUGAUUCAAUCUCCAACGCACUUAUGAACACAACAAUGCUCCAUCCUUGUCAAGAAAUAGCUUGCCAAACCUUUUUCCAAGAAGGUCAAGAUUUUCUUUGGUCCCAUUUAUCACACCCAAACAUUCCCUUUAGAAUGCUUGAUAUGAUAAUUCCAAGAAUCAUGAGUAGAGUUCAACAACUAUUGGACCUCAACCUUGCAUUUGCAAUAACUUGGGAUUCGGGUUAUCGUGUGUUCCCUUUGGAAGUGUCCUUUAUCGUGGACUACGAGGAAUACGUUGUCAUAAAUACAAUAAUGGAAGAGUCAGCAGAAGAUUUUAGAAUGAUUCCAGCUUCCAAUAAUGUUAUCCAUUCUCUGAAGAAGUUCAAGGUUACGAAACAGGAUGAGUACUGUACUAUCUGCAUGGAAGAGUUCGACGUGAGUGAUGAUAAUGAAGGCAAAGAAGUCUCCGCAAUGCCCUGCGAUCACGUGUUUCACCAACAAUGUAUUGUGCAAUGGCUGCAAACUAGUCAUAUGUGUCCCUUGUGUCGCUAUCCUAUGCCCAUUGCCAACAAUAUAUGA